GCCAACGGUGCGGAUACUUGACUUGGGCCGGAGCUGCCAACUGAUUAAGUGGAGAGGUGACAGUGCCAGUGCGAAUCGAGAAUCUCGGGAAUCGGGCAGUGAUAUCCGAAUAUCAGGCUAGCAAGCCACCGGAAAGAUCAAAGCCAAAUGCCCAUAAACAAUUCAUCAGGAAAAAAGGGGCAAGCGCCAGAUAUUGUUUACAAUUGCCUAAAAGGGCGUGAGACGAGCAAAUAAAAUAGUUUGCAAAUUCAUUCCAUGACAAGUGGCUAAAACAAUAAGCACAAAACGUUUUAAAACUCUAUCUCUCUCUCGAAACACAAACAAUGAACAGCAGCAGCAGCAUCAGCAACAGCAACAGCAGCAACAUGGCUGCAAUAUCAACAUCGUCAGCGGCAGCAGGUCCACUCACUCGGUCAUCAACGAUGGCAACAACUAUGUCCUAUGGCUAAUACAAAAGUAACAAACAACAAAUCGCCAACAACAACUAAGCCAAAAGUUCGCCAAAGCAUUUGAUGCUAAAACAACAAAAGCAGCACCAGCAGCAGCAGCAGCAACAGCAACAGCAGCCACAUCAACAUUGGCAACACUUUUACGAGUUGCCAACUACCUUGUACAACGAAUUUUUAUUAUUGCACAAGGCCUGAGGCGGACCAUCAGCCGGUACUAUUCCCGUUCGAGUAUGCAAUGGCAGCGGGAGGGGCGGCGACGCUGGAGAGCCCGGCUGCGCCAGGACAUAGCCAGGACAUAGCCAGCGACAAUAGCGCCCAGCGCCUUACGCUAGCCACAAAGGUUCGGCGAAAAGGACCGCGUCCACAGCGUCCCCAGCGGCGCCUGCACCCGCCCCUGAUCCCACGUCUGCGCCAGAUCCUGCCGCUGCCGCACCUGCUCUGGCUGCUGUGCUGCUGCUCCUGGCUGGGCCAGAUGGGCCAGCUGCGAGCCGAGUGCCCGGCGGUGUGCGAGUGCAAGUGGAAGAGCGGCAAGGAGUCCGUCUUGUGCCUUAACGCCAACCUCACACAUAUCCCUUUGCCGCUGGACGCGGGCACCCAGCUGCUGGACCUCAGCGGCAAUGAGAUUCAGUCGAUACCCGACGAUAGCUUCGCCGCCGCCCAGCUGCUUAACCUGCAGAAGGUGUACCUGGCCAGGUGUCACCUGCGUCUGAUCGAGCGGCAUGCUUUCCGCAAGCUGAUCAACCUGGUGGAACUCGAUCUCAGCCAAAACCAGCUAACGGCCAUACCCUCACUGGCCCUCUACCAUGUCUCAGAGCUGCGGGAGCUUAGGUUGAGCGGGAAUCCUAUCCUGCGGGUGCCGGAUGACGCCUUUGGUCAUGUCCCACAGCUGGUCAAGCUGGAGCUGAGUGAUUGCCGGCUGUCGCACAUUGCUGUCAGAGCCUUUGCCGGGCUGGAGAGCAGCCUGGAGUGGCUGAAGCUGGAUGGCAAUCGGCUUAGCGAGGUCAGGAGCGGCACCAUCACCUCGCUGGCCUCCCUGCAUGGCCUGGAGCUGGCCCGCAACGAGUGGAACUGCAGCUGCUCUCUGCGCCCCCUGCGAGCCUGGAUGCUGCAGCAAAAUAUUCCCAGUGGCAUACCCCCCACCUGCGAGUCGCCGCCACGACUCUCGGGCAGGGCUUGGGACAAGCUGGAUGUGGAUGACUUUGCCUGCGUGCCGCAGAUCGUGGCCACGGAUACCACGGCCCACGGAGUGGAGGGCAGGAACAUCACCAUGAGCUGUUAUGUGGAGGGCGUGCCCCAGCCGGCGGUUAAGUGGCUCCUGAAAAACCGCCUCAUAGCUAACCUGAGUGCCGGCGGAGAUGGUGACUCCGAUUCGGAGCCCAGGACAGCGGCUGCCACGCAAGGCAGGAAGACCUACGUCGUCAAUAUGCUAAGGAAUGCCUCGAAUCUGACCAUUCUAACGGCGGACAUGCAGGAUGCGGGUAUUUACACAUGCGCCGCGGAAAACAAGGCCGGCAAAGUGGAGGCCAGUGUCACAUUGGCUGUUUCCCGCAGGCCACCGGAAGCGCCCUGGGGCGUCCGUAUAGUUCUCCUGGGCGCCAUAGCGGCACUUCUUCUGGUCGGUGGCUCCUCCUUUGCGGCCAUCUGUCUGUGCUCUCUGCAACGCCGCCGGAAGCUGCGACUCUGGAACUCAGUUCCACCAGUGCGGCGGAGUGAGAGCUACGAGAAGAUCGAGAUGACCGCCAGAACGAGGCCGGAUUUGGGUGGUGGGGCCAGCUGUGGGGGUGGCAGUGCUACGGGCGCUGGUCUCUUCCAGGAUGCCGAGGAGCAGGGCUACCUGAGGGCAGCCCACACGCCGCUCAACGACAACGAUGCGGGCCAGGUGGCGGCCAUUGUGAAUCCGAGUGCGGGAAGUGCUCAGCGAAGGAAUGGGGACUAUCUGCAUGUGUCUACGCACUGCGAUGAUGAGGAGGAGGAGCAGCUGCAGCAACACCAUCACUCAGGGCAGCAGCAGCAGAGCCAGCACCCGCAGCACCACCCACAUCCCAGCCAGCCGCAGCCGAGGAAAAGCUCCCAGGGACACGUUGCCUCCGCAUCCGGAGCGAAUAACUCAGUGCCGCUGGAGGAAACGGAUCUGCACAUACCGCGCCUCAUCGACAUUGGAGGCACCGACUCCGCCUCCAGUUCUAUCUCCAGCCAGGUGGAUGCCGCUGCUCGCCUAGCGGGCUAUGCGGGACACAGCUGGAAGACCACGCCCAUUGCCACCACCAAGAUCAAUUCGCCUCACAGCAAGCCCUUGAACCCGACACCUUCGUCAACCCUAAAUCCUGGCAGCACAGCCUCGCCCUACUCGCACUAUGGUAACCAUCCGGCGGAUGAGAUGGCCACCUCGGUGUUCUGCAGCGAGGGUCAGGAGAGUGAUCUGUUCGAUAGCAACUAUCCUGAUCUGCUGGACAUUGCCAAGUAUGCGGUGGCACAGGCUCAGCAACAGGGCCAGGGAGGAGCCCCCACUCUAAACGGAGGCCUCUGCACCCUGCCACGGAAGCUGAAGACCAGCGGAAAGUAUUUCCGCAACUCCUCGGACAGCCAGUCGCCGCUGCUGGCGGACAACUCCAGCAAAUACGGGAGCAGUACCCUGGGCGAUGGCAGCUUCCUCAAUGAGGCCAUGGGCCUGGGCAGGCGCUACUCCGCGGAGUCCAGCUAUGCGAACUAUUCCACCACGGCAACGUACACCGGCGGCGGUCAGAGGGCCAACAGCUUUCUCAAUCUGGUGCAGAGUGGCGCCCACAAGGGCAACCUCUUGCCAGGCCACAAACUGGGCCAAAAGCCAAGCCUGCCCUCGAGUCCCGUGCAGCAUCAGCGAUCCCUGUCCAGUGCGGCCACGCCACUCUUGGAUUUCUCUGCCUUGGCAUCGCGAGCGGCCGGAGCGGCCAACUCCUCGGUGGCCGCCUAUGAUUAUCAUGCCGCGCAGCUGGAGCGGUUCCUGGAGGAGUACCGCAACCUGCAGGAUCAGUUGUGCAAGAUGAAGGAGACCUGCGAUACCAUACGCAAGAAGGAGACUCCACUGCGAGUGGCCAUUGGCCAGUCAGCGGCCCAGCUGGCCGAUCCCGUGAUGUACAGUGCAGCCUCGCACAGCCCGAAGCCACCUCCCCCGACGAGUAAUCUGAAGGCCAAGACCCUGUUGCCAGGACAACCGCCGGAUCCGCCGCCCUAUUGGCUGCACAGGAAUGCCAUGCUGAAGCGACUGAAUGGAGAUGGCGGAGGUGCAAAUGGAGCAGGAGGUUCACCCGCCUCACCACAGCCCGGACAGGAUAUUUUCAAAAGCUAAUUAGAGUCGUGUACAGCCGCAGGAUCGAGGGAAGCAGAAGAAGGAGAGACUUCGCAAGACUUCGGUUAGCCGAAGAAGGCUUGAGCUUGCCGGAAAAGGAAUUUUAUUUAAUAGAAAAAGGAGGAAAUAUAAAGCUUUAAAGUCCUUUAUGAUAUAUUCAUUUAAAUCAGGUUUUGAAAAAGGAAAAGAAAGGAAUUUUAUUUAAUAGAAAGACAAGGAAACUUAAGGCUUUAAAAACCUUUCCAUUCUAUUCAUUCCAUCAGUUAAAUUCGUUUUUUUAUUACAUAUAAACCAACCGUUUUUAUAUCAUUUCCUUUAAUUAUUUAGUUUAUUAAUUCCUACAAGUAAACCCCGUGCAAGCUCAUAGCCCUUGAUCGAGAAAUGCAUUUGUCUGGUUAAAUAGUUAGGAUUAGUUAGCUGGAGGACACUCAACUGGUUCAUAGCCCAGCCCCUCUGUUGUAUUAUAGAAACACUUUUCCACUCUUUAUACUCGCUACGCAUUAUUCAAACACACAAACUACAUAAACCCCAAGGCAAACAUAAAACAUUGUAAGUGUAUAGACAGCAAAUCCUUUAGAAAAAGUAAAAACAAAAAGAAUACUAAACUCGAUCACACCUAUGGGAACCUAAUCCUAGUCCUAGAAUCCCCCCAGAAAAAAAAACUCUCGUGUUAGUCUAACUACAAGUGUUUUGUACUUUAAGCGAUCUCAAUAUAAAGGAUAAUAUAGAUGACCUUAAAUACGAUUACGAGUAAAUUAAGUUUGAGUUGGCACAGACUGCAGGAAGGAUCAAUCGUUCAGUUCGCAAAUUGUAAACCAAUUAGAUCCAAAAAACAAAACUCAAUUCAGUCGAUUGCGAAAUUGUAAUUAAAAACGAUGACAAAACCGAAAAUAAAAAACGUACUUUAGGGUGUCACUAAACUAAAGCUCGAAAAACAUUUCACCCAAAACAACAAG